UAAAAAGUCAGGGAAGACCCACUAAAUAGAUUAAAUGCCUGCGGUUGACGUUGGUCAGACGGAGUAUCUCCGACUCCACAUUGUGGAUUUAAUCGGGAAACAAAAUUCUCCCCAGCUUUAUCCGCUAUCGAAAACUGGCCAUGUCCCUAAGUUCAUCAAACUGGAUCAACUGGAAAACACACAAAAAUUUCGCCAACAUUUCAACAGACUUGCCAUGAACGCCAGCAGAAACGUCAAAGGCCCGGUCAAGGUUUCUCACCAGAACAACCCUAGACUUGACCUCGAUGUUUUACCCUCGCCGCCCACUCAGCUUCCCCCUCAGCCACCAGUGGCGUCGGCUACCAGCACCAAAAAUCGAGCAGCGGCGUGGCUCAUUAAGCGCUUUCAGAAACGACAAGAUCGACCGUCUGAUUGCACGGCCCAGCCAAAGAAUGCCAAGACCGCGAAGCCCAUUGGUCAGUUGAAUCUACAGGAUCGCAUUGAUGUCCAAUCACUUGAGAUGGGGACAUCUAAAAGUCGAGGAGUCGAGAGCAAUCACAACGUCGGAGUUCGGGACAGUGUUGAAUCGGUAAAAAUGCGUGGCCCACUUGCAGCAGACGAUAGGAAAAGUUUCAACUCAAAUCUCGCGAGUUUAAAAUCCGAUCACGAGAAGUUGUCCCAUUUCACAACUUUGUUAUUGGCCAAAGGUUCCUAUGAAAAUGAAGCAAAAUCCACAAUUAUGAGCAGAAACAACAGACAAAACUCUGAAAACGACAUUUACCUCCACAGAUACAAUAAUUUUCCGAAGAAGGACGAGACAGGUGAAGAACACGAAUCACAAAAGAAUAAAGAUGGCGGCCCAACUACGCGGCCCGGUCUAACGUCGCUGGAGAAGCGAUCGGGAAUUUUCUCAGCCUCUCUAGAAAACUUCAAAAGGCGCCUUUUGAUCAGCACAAGUAAGUUCAGCCAAAUACUGAAAGAACAGCUCCCAAAAGAACGCCGGACGACAACCGACGUCAAGCAGUGCCCUCCAUUCAAACACCUCCCCCAACCUCCGACCCAACCCGCCCGGCCCCCGUCACGUCAUCCAACAACGCCAAAUGUUGAGGUCGUCCAGCAAGUCGGACGCGUCUAUCAGCACAUACACAGGCUUGAGAGUAGAACGUCCUAUGCUGGGAGACCAAUACUCGAUGGAACUGAAGUCCAAAAGGCCAAAAAUGAAGUCGAGAAUCUGGACAAACCUCUAGUUGCAGAUCCACCAGAAAUCUCCAAGUUUUCCUAUCGUCUGAAGGAGAAGCACGAUGUCAAGCAAGACACAGUCAAGGGAGACCAUCCGCAUGCGGCACGCGUCGAUAUGUCUGCCGACUGCGAGCGUCCAAGACCACCGACGUCAGUUAAGCAGGCCGUACCGGUGGAGAUGUCUGCUAAUGUUGAGCGUCCAGUUCCAAAUGUGUUGGGUAAGAUGACCACUCCAGCACCACUUACCGUCCACAACAUCAGACUCCACGAGUCCAUGCAGGUGGCGUACGAGAGACGGAUGAGACGUCAGACACAGCAUCCACGACAACUGUCCACAGACAGUGACAGUUCCACCGCCUCGGCGGGUGACCGGAUGUGGCAAUGGCUAGCUGACGUCACCGUUCAGCCUAGACCAGAGCCUGAUGAUCUAGAAUUCAAGAAACACAACACGACCCCAGAGAAUAUGGAGAUAUUUGUGUAGACAACAAACGUAAUAUGUAGAAUACUCUCGGAACUACCCAUACCCUUAUCCCCAACGGAAGGUCAGAGAUCAAAAUGGAACCGGC